AGCGCUAGGCCACCUCCUUCCCAGACCGCUGUCGGAUCCGGACGGGCAGUUCUGCUCCCAGAUGCUUUCAGAGCUGCUGGCUGCCUGCUUCGGCUGCUGACGGGGCUGCCGUCUUCUAUAAAGAAAAGAAAGGGACCUCAAACCUUUCAGAUCACCUUUCCUCUCCUAGGAAGCUAUUGAGCACAGGAUUAUUCAUAAUAGGCAAGAUAUGGAAAAUCCUAAAAGAUGAUGCUGUUAAAAUGCUGCACUCAACAUGCCAGCAAAUUUGGAAAACUCAGCAGUGGCCACAGGACUGGAAAAGGCAUAAAGAUGGCUGCAGAACCAGUAGAAGACGAUUGCAUCAGCUUUGUGGAAAUGAAAUUUAUUAACAAUACACUUUAUUUUGUAGCUGAAAAUGAUGAAGACCUGGAAUCAGAUUACUUUGGCAAGCUUGAACCUAAGCUCUCAAUCAUACGAAAUUUGAACGACCAAGUUCUCUUCAUUAACCAGGGAAAUCAACCUGUCUUUGAGGAUAUGCCUGAUUCUGACUGUUCAGAUAAUGCACCCCAGACCGUAUUUAUCAUAUAUAUGUACAAAGACAGCCUCACUAGAGGUCUGGCUGUAACCAUCUCUGUGCAGUGUAAGAAAAUGUCUACUCUCUCCUGUGAGAACAAAAUUCUUUCCUUUAAGGAAAUGAAUCCUCCUGAUAACAUUGAUAAUGAAGGAAAUGACAUCAUAUUCUUUCAGAGAAGUGUUCCAGGACAUGAUGACAAGAUACAAUUUGAGUCUUCAUUGUACAGAGGAUACUUUCUAGCUUGUGAAAAAGAGAAUGACCUUUUCAAACUCAUUUUGAAAAAACAAGAUGAUAAUGGAGAUAAAUCUGUAAUGUUCACUGUUCAAAACCAGAACUAGAUAUUAAAAUGGCAUAGUUUGAACUGUCUGAGUUUUUAUCCUUCAAAAAGAUUAUAAGUUUGAACCUGUAAUGAUAAUGAUAAAAUGAAUAAUGCUCUCAAAGAUGUCACUGAAAAAUUAGUAAUAAGCUUUUGAAAAAUUAAAUUGACUUCCUCUUGUCUAGGUGAAUAAAAUAUCUGUAUAGUGUAAAAAGAAUGCAUAGUUUGAAAACACAUUGUACAGUGUUAAUUGGAAAAUAUAUUAUAUUCAAUAGAAAUGUUUUGAAACUUUGGGGUUAUUGGUCCUAAUGAUGAAUAAAACUGAUACUUGAAUUUUCUAGUUUUCAAUAAGUGAUUAAAACCUUAAAGGUUUUAUAAAGAAACCAUUUCACUUGACUAAUUUUUGCAUUUCUUUCAAAGUCAGGAUAUCUUUAAGUCAGAUUGAUCCUGAACCUGGCAACACAUAAAAAGGAUUAUGCAAUCUGAUGAAGUACCAUUCAAUCCAGGAAUGCAAAGAUGGUUUAAUAUUUUAAAAUCAAGUAAUAUACCAUAUUAAUAGGAUAAAGGAUAAAAACCCACAAUCAUCUGAAUAAAUGCAGGGAAAGCACUUAUAAAAUCUAAUUCAUAGUAAAAAGUUCUCAACAAACUUGAAAGAGAAGGGAACCUCCUCAGUGUGAUAAAUGGCAUCUAUGAAAAGCUAAUGCUAAUAUCAUACCUUAAUGGUUAAAAAAAAAAUUCAAGAAUUUCUGCUGUUGCAAAUUCUGUUUAACAUCAUGCUAGAGGUUCAAGCCAAUAAAAUUACAAGAAAAAGAAAUAAAACCUAUCCAGAUUAGAAAGGAAGAAGGAAAACUGUCCUUAUUUGCAGACAUCAUGAUUCUAAAUGCAGAAGAUCCUAAGGAAUAUACACCCAUGUGUUUACACAAACCCCUAUUAAAAUUAAUAAAUAAGUUCAGUGAUGUCACAGAAUACAAGAUUAGUAUGCAAAAAUGAAUUGUAUUUUUAUAUAUGAGAAUGAACAAUCUGAAUACAAAAAUAAGAAAGCAGUUCCAUUUACAGUGAUAUUACAAAGAAUAUAACAUAUAAAUAAAGUUGGCAAAAGAAGUACAAGUUUUAAACAUUGAAAAUUUCAAAACAGUGCUGAGAAAAAUUAAAUACAUUCUAAAUGGAGAGACGAAACACUUCACAUUCACUGUUUGGAAGACUCAAUGUUGUUAAGAUGGCAGUUCUCCCCCAAAUUGUUCAUUAGAUUCAACUCAAUCUCCACCAAAAUUCCAGCAGGUUUUUUUUGCAGAAGUUGACAACCUGUGCCUAAAAUGUAUAUGUAUGCUCUGUGCUAAGUCACUUCAGUUGUGUCUGACUGUGACCCUAUGGACUAGCCUCCCAGAACCCUCUGUCCAUGGGAGUCUCCAGGCAAGAAUACUGGAGUGGGUUGCCUUCUCCUCCUCCAGGAGAUUUUCCCAACUCAGAGAUCAAACCUGUGUCUCCUGUAUUGCAGGCAUAUUCUUUACCCACUGAGCCACCUGGGAAGCAGGAAAUCCAAAAGCAUGGAAUAGUCAAAAUGUUUUGAAAAAGAAAAAAGUUGGAUAACUUUCAUUUCCUAAUCUUAAAACUUAAUAUGAGCUGCAGUAAUCAGAAUAGGUUGGUACUGACACAAGGGUAAACAUAUAGAUCAAUGGAACAAAUUUGAGGGUCCAGAAAUAAACCCUUAUAUUUAUGGCCAAUUAAUUUUCGACAAAAGCAAUUUGAUUGAUAGAAAAGAAGAGUUUUCAACAGAUGAUGCUGGAACAACAGAAUAUCCACAUGCAAAAUGAACAAAGAGAUUAGCUAUACCCUUUACAUUAUAUUCAGAAAUUGAUUCAAAAUCAGAGACUUUAAUGUAAGAACUGAAGUUGUAAAACUUUUAGAAUAAAACAGGAGAAAAUGUCAAGAACUUUGAGUUAGGCAAAGGUUUUUUUUAGACACAACCCAAGAAGCAUGAUCUGUAAAAGAAAAAAUUUCAUAAAUUGAACUUUAUCAAAAUUCAAAAUUUGGGAGUUCAGCUGGAUGAAUGGUACAGGGGACCUCUCUAGAUAAUAUCUUUGUAAGGUCUAUGACUCUUUAUUAUUCCAAAUUUUAAAUUUUUUCAAAAAAUUUUUAUUUGAAAGAUGUCAUUAAGAAAGUAAAAAGGCAAGCCACAGAGGAAAUAUUUGUAAAUCACUUGUAUGUAUGGCAAAAAAAUUUGUAUCCAGAAAAUACAAAGAAAUAUUCAACUCAAUAAAAAGACAAUCCAAUUCUUUAAAUGGGCAUAAGAUUUAAAUAGAAAUUUCUCCAAAGAUGUGCAAAUGACUAAUGAGCACAUGAAAUGAUGCCUAACAUUAUUAGCCACCAGGGAAGGUGUAUUUCUUAUCAGGAAAAUGCAAAUUAAGACCCAAUAAAAUACCACUUCACAUCCACCAGAAUGGCUAUGAUCAAAACAACAGAAAAAGGAGGAGCAAAUUAGGGGUAUGGGGCUGAGAUAUAAAGCACUAUGUAUAAAAUAGAUAAGAAACAAGGACAUAUUAAUAUUACAUAGAACAGAGAAUUAGAGCCAUUAUCUCAUAAUAACUUUUAAUAGAGUAUAAGCUAUAAAAAUACUGAAUUACUAUGCUGUACAUGUAAAAUUAAUAUAUUGGGGGGCUCUGAAAAGUAUUUUUUUUUAGCUUUUAAACUUUGAUUAGAGAAUAAUUGCCUUACAAUAUGUGUCAGUUUCUACUGCACAGCAAAGUGAGUCAGCUGAGGUACACAUAUAUCCUUUUUUUUUGGAUUUCCUGCCCAUUUAAGUCACCACAGAGCAUUGAGUAGAGUUCCCUAUGCUCUACAGUAGGUUCUCAUUGGUUAUCUAUUUUAUACAUAGUAUCAAUAACAUAUAUAUGUCAAUCCCAAUCUCCCAAUUCAUUUCACUCCCUCUUCCCCCCUUGGCAUCCAUAUACUUAUUUGUUCUCUAUGUCUGUGUCUCUAUUUCUGUUUUGUAAAUAAGAUCACCUCUACCAAUUUUUUCAGAUUUCACAUAUAUGCAUUAAUAUAUGAUAUUUGUGUUCUAUUUCUGAUUUACUUCACUCUGCAUCACAGUCUCUAGGUUUCUCUACAAAUGACCCUAUUUCGCUCCUUUUUAUGUCUAAGUAAUAUUCCAUUGUAUAUAUGUACCCCAUCUUCUUUAUCCAUUACUCUGUUAAUGGACAUUUGAGUUGUCUUGUGUAAUAACAAUAUUCUAGGUUGUUACAAUAGUGUGUCCUGGCUAUCGUAAAUAGUGCUGCAAUAAGCAUUGAGGUACAUGUGUCUUUUUGAACUAUGGUUUUCUCUGGGUAUAUGCCCAGUUGAAGCUAAUAAAGCAUUUUAAAUUAACUGUAUUUAAUGGAAGCCUGGCGUGCUGCAGUCCAUGGGUAGCGAAGUGUCAGAUACGACUGAGUGACUGAACAACAAAAUACUUUUUUUUUUUUUGAACAACAAAAUACUUAAGUUAGUAAAAAAUAAAUAAAUAAAAAGACAAUAACAAGUGUUGACAAAAAAUAUGAAGAAACAGAAAUUCUCAUACACUGCUGACAGAAAUGUGGAGUAGUAGAAUCACUUUGGAAAACAAUUUUGCAAUUUCUUAUAAGUUUAAAUAUAAUUUUUUCAUAUGGGUCAGAAAUUCACUGUUACAUAUCUACUCAAGAAAAUAAAACAUAAGUUUCCACAAAGAGUUAUACAUUAAUGUUCACAGCAGCAUUAUUCAUAACAGGCAAAAAGUGGAAAGAGCCCAAAUGUUCCUCAACUAGUAAAGAGAUAAAUAAAAUUUGCUAGGGCCAUAUUGAAAUAUCAAUACUAAUAAAAAAGUGUAAAAUACAGAUAAAUACUACAACAUGAAUGAACUUUUAAAAUAUUAUGUUAAAAAAGUCAAAUACAGAAGAUUUCAUAUUAUAUGAUAUUCUAUUUAUAUACAAUGUCCAGAAAAGACCAAUCUGUCAUGACAGAAAAGUAGGUUCAUGUUUGCCUAGAGUUGGGGUGGGAAUGGGGAUUAACUGUAAACAGAUAUGAAAAAUCAUACUGGGGAGAAGAAAAUGUUCUAAAACUGGAUGUGGUAGUGGUUGCACAACUUAAUAAACUUUCUAAAAAUCCUUGAAUUGUAUCCUUAAAUUUGGUGAAUUUAUGGUAUGUAAAUUAUGCCUUAAUAAAAUUAGUUUUAAAAAUUC